UACGAAUCGCGGCUGGCGCGGCCGCUAUCGCGGCGCGGAGCGGAAAAAUGGAGUCGGCCGCUUCAGCCCUUACCGGUCCAGCGCGUUAGGGUGAUGCGGGUGUAUCGGCCGCUAUCGCGGUUCUCGAAGCGGUUCCGGCGCGGCUGUAGCGGGCGCUUCUCACAUGAAGCGGGUCGGGUAAGCCCAGUAGGUUAAAAUGUGUUUUUUUUUCACUUUUUUUGAAAUACUAAAAGCCCUAAUAUUAAAACGUGACUUGUAACGGCUCUCUGCCUCUUCUCUCACCGUCUUCUCUCACCAACGACAACUCUCCUCUUCUCUCAACAUCGCCUCUUCUCCCAUCGUCUUCUCUCACUCUCAACAUCGCCUCUUCUCUCACCGUCUUCUCUCACUCUCAACAUCGCCUCUCAACUCUCCUCUUCCUUCAUCGGCGGCAACUUUCUCAAGGUAUGAUUCUAUCUUUCUUUCCUCUAUUUCUUUCCUUCCGCUACUGUUUCUGCCAUGGUGGUGAUGAUAAGAUUCUAUUUCUUUCUUCCAUGGCUCUGUUCUGAUAUCCUUCUCUGCUAUGGCUCUGUUUUGAUAGUUAAUUUUAGGCUCUGUUCUGUCUUAUGGCUCUGUUCUGUCUUAUGGCUCUGUUUAUCUUUUGUAUGGCUCUGUUUUGAUAUGGCUCUGUUUUAUGUUCUCCAACAGCCAUGGAAACUACUCCUCCAACUACUCAGCCAUCAUCAUCUGAUGUUCCAUCUGUCGGUUCUUCUGCUGCUAAUAUCCACAUACCAAGCGGUGAUAUUGGCUGGAAAUUCAACCAUUUGAAAGAUUUGAAUAAUAAGAGGAAGGUUACAUGUAACUUUUGUAAAGAAACGUCGACCGGAGGUAUUUCUAGGGCAAAGCAGCAUCAAUUAGGAAUAAAGGGAAAUGUGAAAGCUUGCACUCAAACUCCGGAAGACGUUAAGUUGAUUUUGCAAGAGCAUGAAGAUAAAAAAUUGGCUGCAAAGAAAUCAAUGUCAGGUGACGUCCACGAAGAUGAUGAUGAGGCAUCGCACUUGCUAGAGAUAUCUAGGAUUCGAGCGGGAAAAAGGCCAGCUGAAGAGGGAAGUAUGCCGACUGCCAAGAAGAAUGUAAAAGGCCCCUUGGAUGUGAUUUACUAUCGAAAACCCGAGGAAACUUUGAAAAAAGGAAAGCAAACAAGCUUGAAUGAUGCAUGUGAUAAGAAAGCAAGAUCGAGUUGUUGCAAAUACAUAGCGCGUUUCUUUUAUCGGAAUGGAAUUGCUUUCAAUGUUGCAAAUUCUAAAAGUUUCAAAUUGAUGGUUGAAGCAAUUGGUAUGUAUGGUGCACAUUUGAAGCCUCCAAGCUACUAUGAGUUGAGAGUUCCUAUGCUUCAAGAAGAGUUGAAAUUGACACAUGAGAUGUUGAGUAGUAAUAAGAAAGAACAAGAAAAGUAUGGUUGCUCUAUAAUGUCUGAUGGUUGGACUGAUACAAAGGGAAGAACAUUGAUCAACUUUUUGGUGAAUUCUCCGGCAGGUACAAUGUUUGUUAAAAGUGUUGAUGCAUCUGCUAACAUGAAAACUGGAAAAAAGUUGUUUGAACUUUUGGAUAACUUUGUAGAAGAGAUUGGUGAAAGUAAUGUUGUGCAACUUGUUACCGAUAAUGGAAGCAACUAUGUUUUGGCUGCUAAGCAUCUUCAAAUAUCGAGGCCAAAGAUAUUUUGGACUCCAUGUGCUGCUCAUUGUCUAGACUUGAUGCUAGAAGAUAUCGGAAAAAUUGCAAGAGUCAAGAAGGUUAUACAAAAAGGAAUGACUCUCGUGGGCUUUAUUUACAACCAUUCUUUGGUUUUAAACUUAAUGAGGGAGAAACUAGAAAGUGAAUUGGUUAGAACUGGAGUCACAAGGUUUGCCACAAACUUUCUUACUUUGCAUAGAUUGCACUCUUUAAAGUCAAAAAUUAGACCCAUGUUCACUUCUGAAGAAUGGUUGAACUUGAAUGCAAGUAAGGAGGUGAAAGGAAAGAAGGCGGCUGCUAUUGUUCUUCAAGUCUCAUUUUGGGAGGAUAUUGUCUUUGCUCUUAAAGCUAUGGGGCCUCUUGUAAAAGUACUUAGGCUUGUUGACAAUGAGAAGAAGCCGGCAAUGGGAAGCAUCUAUCAUGCAAUGUUGGAAGCCAAGGAGUUAAUAAAAAAAAACUUCAACAAUGAGGCCAAGUCCAAAGAAGUCAUUGAUAUUGUUGAUAGAAGAUGGAGUAUUCAACUUCAUCAUCCGUUACAUGCAGCUGGGUAUUAUCUUAAUCCGAAGUACUUUUAUAGCAAUCCAAUGAUUGAGAAUGAUGAUAAGUUGUUGGAUGGCCUUUAUGCAUGCAUUAACAAGCUUUCUGCAAGUGAAAAAGUUAUUGAUGACAUCCAUGGAGAAUUGGCGAAAUAUAAGAUGUGUGCAGGCCACUUUGGAUUGAAUGAAGCGGUGAGGCAAAGAGCCAAUGUAGCUCCUGCUGAGUGGUGGAGGAGGUAUGGAGCAAAAACACCAAAUUUGCAACUCCUUGCUAUUAAAAUAUUGAGUCUUACUUGUAGUUCAUCGGGUUGUGAGCGGAAUUGGAGUGCUUUUGAGCAUAUUCACUCCAAGAAGAGAAAUAGACUUGAACAUCAAAUGUUGCAAGACUUGGUUUUUAUCAAGUACAAUCAAAAUUUGAAAGAGCGCUUUGAUAGCGAUGAUUUGAUUGAUCCUGUGGUUUUGGAAGAUGAUUUUGAUACUCAUAACCUAUGGUUGUUGGGAGGUGAAGAUGAGGCUCAACCCGAACCUGAGAAUGAUAUGGUGUUUGAUGGUGAGGAUUUGUCUUGGCUAGAUGUUGAAAUUGCAAGUGGUGCUGCUGAGCCUGCAAUCAACACUAGAAGCCAAGCAACAUUGCAAAAGAAUGCGGCUGCUCCUCCACCACCUCAACCACCUUCUUCAUCUAGAUCUAAGCCAAAAGCAAAGGAAGUGGUAGUAGUAGAUGAUGAAUUUGGUGAUGGAGAAUAUAUUGGAGAGGAUGAAGAGGAUGAAGAGGAUGAAGAGUGUGAAGAGGAUGAAGAGGAUGAAGAGGAUGCUAGUGAGGAAGGAAGUGAUGAUGAAGACUUAGAUUUUAAUGAUUCGUGAACUUUUAUUAGAGUUUCCGUGUUUAGUUAAUUUAAGAUUUAGAUGCUUAAGUGUUUAUUUUCAUGAAUUUUAUUGCUAUUUGAAAGUUUGUUGCAAUGUUUUGCACUUUUGAUUAAGACAUACCUUUUAAUGGUAUUUGGAAUUGGAAGUAUGGUAUUAUUUAUUUGGAAUUGGAAGUAUGGUAUAAUUUAUUUGGAAGUAUUUUAUUACUUAAAGACUUAUGAAGUUUGAGUUUAUUUUUUUAGUAUGUUUAGUAGUAUGUUUUUGGCUAGUAAGUGUCUAUUUUUUAGUGUCCGCGCCACAAAAAAAGCGCCCGCGCCGCUCCCCGCAACCGCGCCGCUCCCAUUUUGGAGUUGACCGCGCCGCGCCGCUUUCCGAUAUUAACA